GCGUACGGUUGUGUGGUAGUUUGUUCUUCGCGCCCGUCUGCGUUUUAUUCCACUAUAUUUAUAAUAUACAAUAUAUUUUUUAAAUUAAAUUAAUUUGUUUAGUUACUGUUUAGUUAAAUUUAAUUUUUUUAACUGUUUUUGUGUAAUCACCGGUAUAUCUAUAAUCGGUUUUGAAUUUUGUUCGGCAUUGGUAAUCCUCUCUACAGGGACGGUCGUCUUUUAUGUACCUGUGGGCUGUGAUUGUUUUAAUAUUAUACAAGUGUUCAAAUGAUUUAAUUGUGCAAAAAUCAAAAUGUUUGGAUCGUCUAAAGAUUUCGGAAAUCAGAAAUCGGAAAAAAUCAUUGUAAAAAUUCAUAAUACAAAACACAGAAAUUCUGGUGAUUCUCCUCCUAUGUCACGUAAAAAACGUCAUAGCAGUAUUAAUAUGGAUAAUGGUAGUUCAAAUGAGCGAAAAUUGUUUAAAUAUAAAUAUCAACAUCGCAGAGGUCGAACGCCAUCAAAACCAUCUAGACAUUCUAAACUUGACAAAUUUGGCCGAUCUAGGAGUUUGGAUCGUUUGAGUCACACCUAUAAAGUUUUGUGUAUAGAUCCUUUACAUCCCAAUGCAAGUGACCAACAAGUCAAAGAAAUUUUGUAUCGAGAAUACUACAAGUUUGGUGAAUUUUCAGUUAAAAUAUCAUAUAAAGAAAAUAAAAGAUUGGCAUAUGUGUGUUUUAAAAGGUCAAAAGAUGCUAGAUAUGCCAAACACAGUAAAAGCGUAAUAAAUAUAUUUGAUAGUAUAAGUAUAGUUAAUCCUGUUUAUGAAAGAUAUAGUUCUAGAGAUCAUCGUGAAUCAAAAGCUAGACAUUUUCAAUACAGAAAUUUUUCUACAGAAAGAGACUGCCCAACUUUUACUGAAACUCGUGGAUCACUUCCAACUGAUAGGUCUUAUGAAAUGUUACCAUAUGGUGCUCUUCCUUCCAUGCGACCAUCAAAAGCCUAUCGAGAAAUAAGUUCCCUACUGUUACAUCCCCAAGAAAUUAUGAUAUACCAACAACCAUUAUUACAUCAUCUGGCACCUAUUCCUCAUCAUUUAGAGUCAAUUCAACCGUUCUAUGGACUACCAACACAUCUCUUGCCAUCGUGUACACCAUCCCCUCAUUCUUGUUUAAAGCAUGACAAAAAAAAUAAAUUUCCAAACUAUUUACAUCAUAUUCAACCAGAAGAUGACCCAUUAGCUACACGUACAUUGUUUGUUGGAAAUUUAGAAAUUACUAUUAAGGAUGAAGAACUUCAAUGUAUAUUUGGUAAAUAUGGAGUUGUUGAAGAUAUUGAUGUUAAACGACCAUUGGUGGGUACAGGAUUUCCAUAUGCAUUUGUUCGUUAUCAAAAUUUAGAUAUGGCCCAUAAAGCCAAAGUCGAAUUAUCUGGUAAAUAUAUAGGAAAAUAUGAAUGUAAAAUUGGCUAUGGAAAACCUAUACCAACACAACGGAUAUGGGUUGGUGGUUUGAGUCCUCAUACAUCACUUGCUCAUUUAAAUCAAGAAUUUGAUAGAUUUGGUGUUAUUGAAAGAAUUGAGUAUGACUACGGUGACACUUGUGCCCAUAUAUUAUUUGAAAACAUUGAUGCUGCAAUUGAAGCUGUCAAAGGUAUGAGGGGAGUACCUUUAAGAGGUUCAAGACGUAGACUAAGAACAGAUUUUGCUAAUAGAUAUGCGUGUGACAGUCCUAUACUAACUUCUUCAUCAAAUUCUAAGUCAUCUCAAGAUGAAUCUGCAGAAGAUUCACAAGAACUAACAAAACGAGAUGAAUACCCCUUUGGUAGGCUAGGUGAUGAUAAAAAAAGUCAUCCUAAAGAUCAUCAUGUGAAUAUUAAUGAAUUAUCAAUCAAACAAGAACAACAUUCUGUUUGGGAUGGCAGAUUUUCAAUGAGCACCUCUCAAUACCUAACUUCUUGUCAUUUAAUUUUCGGUGAUAUCAAUAUUUUUAAAACAGUAAUGGAAAAUCAAAACUGUGAACCAAUAUUACACAUAAAUACACAAUUGCAGUUACGUGAAUCACUAGUAAAAGCCUUGUCUAGACCUGAAAAAACUGCUGGUAUACAUGCUAUGUUUUUAGCAAUGCCUUGUACUAAUAACUCGAUUUCCAGCAAUGAUGCAUCAAAUAUUAAACCGUUUCAUAAUUUAGUAUUAAUACUUAAACAAAAAAUGGUUGUUGGGUUAUCAUUAAAAAGUACAAGACACGUAGGUAAUGUAUUAUGUGUAUUUCCUCCGUGUGAGUAUUCAACCAAAUUAUUGAAACAAAGUGCAAAGAAUUUAAAUAGUGAAACAUUAAAAUAUGAAGAUUAUUUGGUUAUAUUAGUAGUCAGUAUGAACUUUUUUAUGUCCAAUUAAAUUUACCUAGGUAUUAAUAAUAUAUAUAAGGUAUAUUUAUUUUAUUAUUAUUAUUUUUUUUCUGUAUCAAUUAUAUUUAAUAAUU